CGUCACAACGCGUUUAGAGAAAAAAAUUAUUUAUUUUCUCGCUUCUUAUUAUGAGUGACUAUAAAGAAUACCUUGAUAUUGCUGUUUUACAAGAGAAGAGACCUGUCAAUUAUAAGUCAUUGGCAAGAUCUUUAGGUAUUCAUGUCAAUACAGCCAAACAAGCUCUUUAUGAAUUCUCCAAGGACCAACCAAAUGUACAUGCUAUCUAUUGUGUCACGGGUGUCCAUUUUAAAACAAAUUAUUUUACAAUUCAACUUGUCAAAGAAUCUGAACUUGAAGAUGCCAAAAAGACUUUCAAGACACUCACGGGUAUUCAUGUCUACAGUGUGUCAUUUUCUGAUUUAAAUGAUGCCUCGUUAUUAUAUGCUGCUUGUAAGAACAUGCCCAAGUUGUCGCUUGAGGAUCGUAUUCAAUAUGGUGCUCUAAAGAAUGCCCAUGUCGUCCAAAAGACAGCCUCUCUUCCUCCCUCUUCAAAGCCUUCCACUAAACCUGUGAAUCCCGCAGUCAAUAACAAAAGAAAGGGUGCUUCCUUAUUUAGCACCAUUGAAAAGAAACAAGCUGUAUCUAAGCCUGAAAAGAAAGCACCUAUUCCAAAACCACUCAAAAAGGCAAAGAAAACAGAUGAGGAUGAAAUAGAAAAACGCAUGGCGAAGACAACUAUUAAAGCAACCGAUAUUUUCACAGAUGAUGAAGAGGAAGAGCCUGCAGAACAAGUAGCUACUUCUCAUAAAGAAGAUGAUAUGAUGGAAGACGUAAAGACAAUAGAAGAAAAACCAUCACAACAAGAACCCUCUUCACCACCACCACCACCACUACCAGAGAAAUUAAGACGACAGGUAUUGAAAAAGAAGACAACCACCAAUGCUCGAGGUUUAUUAGUGACUGAAGAAGUGCUUGAAUGGGAAACGAUAGAUCCAAAUGAAGUAGAGAGCAAGUCUAUCAAACAAGUUAAACCAGUAGAGAAUAAAUCAAAUACAACAAGAAAGCAACCUACAAAAACAACCAAAAAACCCACUGCACAAGCCAACUUGUUUAGCUUUUUCAAGAAAGCAUAAGUAUCACAAGUCUAUAGUUCAAUAAUAAUGAUAAUAAAGCCAAAGACAGCAUAAU